UCCUCCUCCUCCCCGUCCUCCUCCUCCUCCUCCUCCUCCUCCUCCUCCUCGUCUUCCACGGGCUCCACGAGCCGCGGGGCGUUCCGCCCGCGCGCCCAGCGCGCCGUGCGCUCCGCGCGCGCGGCUGCCGUCAUGGCGCUGCCGCAGGACAUCGAGGAUCCAAAGUUCGAGGUGGUCAAGAUAGGCCCUAGCUACUACAGGAAGCUGGUGAUACCAGAGAACCUGAAGUUCAAUUGCGGGCCCAGCAGAUACGAGGACGAGGACGAGGACGAGGAGGUCAGAGAGAUGGACGACCAGAUGGAAUACCAGGGCGACGAAUGGGUUCUCAGAUUACCCAUUGCAGCAGUCUAUCACAGAUUCAUCGUCGGCGCUCGCGCCCGGAACAAGCAGAAACUCGAGAUGGAGUCCGGCGCCCGGAUAGUCGUCCCUCACAGAGAUGAGAUGGAGGACGCCAUUUAUUUGCGGGCAAGGCUGAAGCAGCAGAUUUACAGUUGCAAGGCUCAGAUCGAGCUCCUGUGCGAAAAGGAGGAGGCCAAACUGGAAUUCACCCACUUCCUUUCCGUGCCCCUUGCGCACGACGUCAAGUUCCGGCAGCAGGUUGACCAGUUCCGUGAGGAUGUUGUUUUGCAGCGGUUCCCAGGCAUCGAGGCCUCCAUCUUCAUGCCUGCCAGGCGAAUGCAUUUCACGCUGUGCAUGCUGAAGCUGCAUUCCCACGCGCAGGUGGACGAGAUGAAGGAGCUGAAGAACGAGAAGACCAAGACGAGACAUGACCAGAAACUUUCGGAGGCCCGCGCGGAUUUCUUUGGGCGGACGCUGGGCCGCCCCUGGCAGCGCCUCCGGCGUCGGCCCUGGCGCUCGCCGCACGAAGUCCGCGCGGACCUCCGAAAGUUUGUGCCUGUGCCACCUUUUGAUCCUCCAAGGCGGCUCUCCAGGCGUUGUCCCUGCGCCUGGCGGGCACCGCGGAGUUCGCGAAGCCGCUCAGCGCCAGCCUGCGCGGCCUCACAUCAUGACCGACGAUCCUACGAACGUCGGCGUCGUUUUCACGACUGACAGGGCGCACGCGCUGCAGAACCGCAUGAACAGCGUGUGCCAGCUCAUCUACGACGAGCUGAAGGAUCGGAACCUGGUCUCGCAGCAGAGCCUCAUGUCUCAGCGGGUGCUCUCCUCGGAUGGCAUACACGCCGAGGUUAAGCUUCACGCGACGCUGAUGAACACGAAGUACAGCAGGUCCAACUGGCGCGAGGACGGAUCCAGGGGCGACCGCGAGUCGUUCGACUCCAGCGUGCUCAUGGAGCGGUUCGGCCAGGUAGAUUUUGGGGACGUGGCGCUGAGGGAAAUACAGUUGUCUUGCUUGGAAGAGAUGGGCGAUGACGGCUACUACAGGUCGCUCUGCAGCGUCCCCCUGUUCGCGGGGCAGUAGCAUCCCCCCCCGCGGCCGCCGCUGUGCGCGCGGCCAGGGCACGCGCGCAGCUGGCCCGGGCGUCGGGGGUAAUCCUCGCUCCUCCUCCUCGCUCCUCCUCUUCCUCCUGCCCCUCAUCCACCUGAAUCGGCCGUCUCACUUUUUCCUUGCCUCUCUUCUGACGACUGGGCUCGCACGCGGUCCUCCGCGCGGCGCGUCCGAUAGUGUGGCGGGUCGCCCACCCGCGACGAAGGA